AGGAAAAACGUACGUCAGGCCCAUGGCACUCUGACAGAUAUCAAACCGUUAUCCACCUCAACGCAAUUCUAUUGGUAACCGUCGCUUGAGCGGAAAACACUUGUAAUUUGGUGCUCUAGUGCUUAUUUUAAAUUUUUCGCGCGUGUAAAGAGUGAGAUUCUCAGGAUGAAAUGAGCUGUCUUCCCGAGCUUCCUUGAAAAAAAAAACAUGAGAAGAAUGAUAACGAAAGGCAGGGGAGAAUUUUCAGGAUGAAUGAUUUUAGGAGAGACUGAAAGAAAGUAGGUUAUUCGGGAAUGUUCCAUUGAGAUGAAAUUGGGGUAGAAGAAAGACGGUGGUGAUCGAAGAAGUGACAAGAUGGGGAACUCUUGUAGCAGUGGGCAAGCACAUAAGGAUAAGGACAACAUGUCCCAAAGAUCCGAAGAAUCUGGAAGUUACCAGGUUCGUGCCACCGCCCCAACAACACCCCAGAAGGCGUCAAUGAACCAUGUUAGCAAUAAAAACUGGGUGCUCCUCCAACCAGCCACCGCUGGCCAGAACCCGUUGCAACAAGCGUCAACGCAGACUUCGCCAGUCAACACAGGAAGGAAGCCGAGUUUAGCGAAGACGUUAAAAGGUGUGGCAGGGUCGAGCAUUUCGGAUUCCAUGUCUCUAAGUUCACCACCAGCAACUGUAAGCCCUAGAGGAUUCGAUAAAUUCGAUAGGACCAUACCGAAAGAGGUUUCCAGCUUAACAGAAAACCUCCAAAACCUCAUAAUGGGAAGGGUCAGUCAGGCGAAAGUAUCGACGAGGACUAGGAAAAUUGUAAUAUAUGUAUGCGCUGCUGAUUCUCAAGACUGUUGUGUAGAGAAAGGAACUCUACACAAUCAAAUUUAUCCGGAACUGAGGAAACUUUGCAGGGAGAGAGGGUAUGAACUUCACAUUGUCGAUUUGCACUGGAAAACUCUCCUGGAAAAGCAACAAGACCACGAAUUUCCUGAGCUUUGCAUAGGGGAACUCACCAGGCAAAUGGAAGUAGCGUAUAUAAUUCCUGUGUUGUUCCUGAAUAAUUCAUUAGGAACUCCGUUAUUGCCAAAUACAAUAGAAAGUACCGACUUCAAGAUGGCUAUGGACAGUGCUACUAGUCAAUCAGCCCAAAACAUUUUGUCUAAGUGGUACCAAUUAGAUAGCGAUUCUCAGCCUCCAUGCUACAGAUUACAACCUAUAAGCAGUCACAUUCCAGGAUUCAAGGAAACUUCUAUAGAAGAUAGGGAAAAGGCUUUCGAAGAAUGGAGUUCGGAAAUAGAUAAAAUCUUAGCAAUACUCAUCAAUGUAUUUUCUCAAGAGCUGAGAGAUACCUACUUAACGACCGUAGUGGAACAAGAAGUCCAUAACACGGUUUUCAUGAGCCAGGAAAUGGCUAAGAGGUGCAUUUGGAUGAACAGGGUAUACAUUCCUACUGUGAAAACUCCAGAAAACAUGAGUCCAGUGGAAUCAGAAUUACAUAGAAGACUGAACAUACUACAGAAAGAUUUAAGGGAUCAACUGGCUGAAAAACAUAUUGUACGCAUAUCUGUCAAAUACGUAGAAGGUGGAUUGAAUGUUGAAAUACCAGAACACGCUAAUUACGUAGAACAAGUAACUGUACAUUUGAAAAAGCAUUUGGUGGAAAUGAUCAACAGCAUUAUAGAAGAGCAUCAGGUUAAGUCCGUGCUGAAGCCGAGCUAUGGGAUUGAAGCCCCAGUAUUUGAGGAGCUCAACCAACAGACUGGUUUCUGUCAGAAAGCGGCUCAAUGUAGCAUCAACAGAGAAAAGACUAUAAAUGAGAUGAAAGAAUAUAUCAAUAAUCCCAGCAGCUCCCCACUAGUUUUAUAUGGUCCAGAAGGAUGUGGAAAAACCACACUUCUUGCCAAAGUAGCCCAAUGUUGUUCACAGUGGAUACCCGAAGCCUUCCUUAUAAUGAGAUUCAUUGGAAUCAGUGCACAAUCUAGUACAAUCGAGCAAUUAUUGAGUUCCAUUACCAACCAGUGUUCAAUUCUUACAUAUGGCCAUAAGUGCUACUGUACUCAUAAUUUGGAGACUUACAAAAGAGUUUUGCCUUCUCUUAUCGGUGCCAGUUGUCUUCAGAGGCCGCUUAUAAUACUGAUAGAUGGUCUGGAUCAAGUGAGGGCUUACAGUUCAAGAACGAUAGAUUGGCUACCCGAAAGAUUACCGGAAAACAUCAAACUUAUCCUGUCCGUAUCAGAGAGAAGUCCGAUGUAUUCCGAUCUGAAGACGAAACUGCCUGAUGGAAAGUUCAUCAAAAUGCCUCUGUUGGGCGAGCAAGAAGCCAAGGGUAUUCUUAUGUCCAGUGUUAUGCAAUACAAUCACAGCGUCAAUUCUAAGAUUCAGGAUUGCGUUCUUAAAUCCGUGCAAGAAUGCACCUUACCAUUAUAUUCUAAGGUUUUAGCCUGGCAGACCUCUUGGUGGGCGGACAAGGAGCACGAUAUUGUACCAAAGGGUCAUGUAGAUGACCAGUUGAAAUUAAUGUUGGAGGAAUUGGAAACCAUCAUAGGUGCUUCACAAGUAGAGCAUGCUCUAGCCUUAAUAACUUGUUCCAAGCAGUGUGUUACAGAUUCUGAGAUGAUAGAUUUAUUGGCUUUCGAUGAGAAGUUCCAAAGCAACACCACUUAUAUUUCUUGGGCACCAGCAUGUUUAAUAUGGUCCAGGCUUAAUAAGCAUUUAGCUCCUUUCCUCCAAUGGACUCUAACUGGAGGUAUUCUCGGGAUAAAAUGGAGAGACAAUAUGGUUCGUCGCACUGUAGCAGCUAGAUAUGAAAAAUAUUUGAAACGCGGAAAUCAAGUCAUCCAUGACUAUUACAAAGGAAAAUGGUGGAAGGAUAAACCCAACAAUAUUAUCGCAAGACUGGUACCACAAGAUACAUAUUUGGGAAAAUGUUACAAUAGAAGAAAACUCGAUGAACUACCCUUCCACCAUUACCAGAUAUAUUCAACAAUAGAAAACUCGGAAUACGUGAAUGACAUAGACUGGCUCUACAGCAAAAUAUGUGGGUCAAGUUGCUACCAAGUUCUGGAAGACAUAAACUUACAAUCAUCCAUUUCCAAUCCAUUCGUCAAACUAUUCAGAGACUUCAUCGAAAACUACGCCAGUGUUCUCAACUACGAUGGAAGACAAUUCUACUCGCACAUGUACCAAUAUCUGGAGGAAAAAAUCAGGAAUGGAGAGCUCACGAUGGAGGGAGCCGAUGAAGGACUGGUGAAACUUCAUGAAUUAACAAAAAAACCUCCGGUUACUACACUGAUUCCUGCCAACUCAUCAUGUCUGGACGACUUGGAAGCUUGCAACGAUUCUGAGCCUACUUUCAGAGAGGUGCUUUACGAUCAGAUAAUUGGGCUUCCUAAUACCAAUCAGUUCAUAGUCAGUUUAUCUACGGAUGCAGAAAUGCUCUGUGUGUGGGAUGUCAAACAAUGCAAAAAAAUAAGAACAAUAAAGGGUGUACCUCAUCCAACUAAUUUAAUUCCAAUAGACAGACACAAAUGUAUAGUCCUAUGUAAAAGGGAACUGAUGAUAUUCGAUCUGAACAAAGGCUGUUUUCUGAAAAAACUAAAAGGUGUUAUGAAUCAAAAAAUGCCUUAUUAUGGACUUCAUGACCAAAACCACCUAGUUGCCCUUAGUCGAAACAGGAUGUAUGUCAAUUUAAUGUAUCUGGAUACAGGUGAUUGUGUGACCACUUUCAAGGCUGGUGAAGAUCGUUUCCUAAAUUCCCUGCUGGUUUCAGGGGAUGGAAGGAUUCUCGUAUGUGGGGAUGAAACACAAAAACCUUUUCCUUUAUUAGUUUGGAAUUUAGAAUCUAGAAAAUUACUUUACGACUUUAGGAUACCUUACCAUGACUUCAUCACUUCUUUGUCAGCAAUAACAUAUGAGGGUAGUUAUGUAUGUUGUGUUUGCCAUGAAAUCGACGAACCAAAUCCUAAUUUCAUAGUCGUGUACGAUUUACUAAGUGGGACACCGUUCAAAAAAUGGAAGCCCUCCUGCAAUACAGUCUCUUUAGAAAUCAGUUCUCCUGGAGGGUGUGUCAUUUCUGGUUUAGAAGACGCUACUAUACUUAUUUGGGAUCUCAUAACAGGUAACUGCAGGUAUUCCUUAUCAGGUCACACAGCUCCUGUCACGAUGUUGAAACUGGAUCCCACUGGUUUUAUCUGCUUAUCAGCUGAUGCAGAAUGCAGAGACAGAUCUAUUAGAGUCUGGGAUCUUAAUAAAGGUCACUUGAUAUCUGUAUAUACCCCGAAGACCAAAAUCACAUCCAGCUGUAUCACUGGAAACGGCCAACAUAUCGUUUUAGGAUUAGAAAAUUUGAAGGACCCACUCAUCCUCCAACAGCGAGGGGUUGAGUUGAAAUCAACGGAAGAAGAGGUUUACGGUGAUAGUGAACACGAUGGAAAAAUCUUCGAAUUUAAAGAAACCGACAUAUGCUGACCUGUGAAUUAUUGAAUGAGGAUGUAAAAAUUGGGUGGAACUCUGAAAAGAAGGGAUGCAAAACAUUCUGUCGCUAAGUGUAGUAAUAAAAAAAUAUGCCUUA